AUGGCAGCUAAGAAAGAAGUUAGACUAGUGAUAAACAUCGAAGGAAUGGUGCAGACAUGCCUGGAUGAGAACGGCAUGGAUGCCAUAAAGAUGAUCAUUAAAUCCAAUGACAAAAUAAGCAAUUUCACCAUACUCAAGCGCAUUCUUGAAAAAAACAUAAAAAUAGAAGAAGCAGAUGACGAUCAAAAUCAAGACAUCAGAAGCAUAGUUGAGAAUGACAUCUGCCAAUAUUUUUUAUACGGUAAGAAUGUAGCAAGUGAGACUAUAAGUCAAUUAAACGGCGCAAUAAACAAUAAAGACAAAGAAUCAAUCAGAUCCCAUGCCAUCGCGCUAGCCAAUGAAAUUAUAAUGAACCCCUUUAUACACAACCCAGAGCAUGGGAUAAAAAGAAAGAGUGAAGCAGUGAAACAAAUAAGUUCAGAUGCGAGCGAUGAUGCUCUGGGCACCAGAACAUGCACACUAGAGAUCGAUAAUGCAAAGCUUCCUAGCUUGAAAAGCAUAGUUAGCUCUACGACAGAGAGGCUGGAAAGAGAUAAUUUCUUUGCUAUUUCAAAACUAGUAGAGUCGACGAGUAUGAAACCUUUAAGAAAUUUCUCGCCCAUAAAAGAAAUAGAAAGCAGCUACACACUAGAUGAGUUAUACACUAAAACAUAUGAAAAUACCGAUGAAUUGCUGAUUAAUCAUGGUAUAAAGCUUAUCAAUGAAAAAAUUCACGCGAUUAGAAACACGAUGUUUUAUUCUAAGCUUGGGCUUAUCACAAUAGGUCAGCAAGUCUGUAAAAUGUUCGACUCUGAAGAAGACCUGCGGAUAGUCCUUUCUAUCAGCGAGCAUAUAGCGCAGAUUUUAUCCAAAGAACAGCCAUUACACGAAGAACAAAUAUUACACGAAGAACAGCCAUCAACUGAAAAUGAUUCGAAAAAGCUAUCUCGAACGCAGAAGAUUAUAAUUCUCGCAGGCAUAGUUCUUUUUUUAAUAGCAUCAGCCUUGUUUAUUGCUUACUCAAGGAAUACGACAAAACUGAACAGGGUUAGCUAA